AUGCGUUACCUCAAUUGGGACAUCCUCAUCUUCCCAGACGACACCAAGGUGCCCGUGCAAGAAUUUGACGUUAAAUGUCAAGCCUUGCCUGCAGCAAGUGAUACUCCAUUAUCUCCCAAACUGAUUAACGCCGCCGGCAAUGACUACAACUCAUCUAUCACUCAAACACCAACUAUGACAUGCUUCAUCGCUAGCUUGGACGCUGGUCACGCCUUUCGGGUCUCUGUGCAUAGCUGGGAAAAGCCUAGACCAUCGUCUUUACUUUCGAGCUUCAAGCCAGCACCAGAACGAAUCACUUUCGAAGCAAAGCUUUUUAUCGAUGGAACGUUGAAGGCACAGCGCUGGCUAAGACAAAACAGUACCUGGCCUGAGGUCAUCAGUGAUACCAGCACGCCGUUGACCGAGUUUCCCACAGAUCUGCGAUUUCCUCCCUUCCACUCCGAGAUCUUGCAGCAAUCCCACUGGGAUGCAGGAGAUGGCCUCGGUCGCAUUCGUCUCGUUAUCGCAGAAGGUAUUGCGCGACCAGACGUGAAUUCCGAUAUACUCGCAUUCCGUAGACUUCGGGACGUUGUGGCAUUCUCGUUCCAGCAUGCUCCUCAACACAUCCUCGACCACUCUGGCAUUGCCUGGCCUAACGCUCGCAUGUUCCAGAAAAAGAUCCUGCCAAAACCACAGUCUGAUUUCCAGGCUCACGCACAUUCACCCCAGCGAUCGGGCAAGCAAUAUGCACAAACCCCUAUGCCAAUACCAGGCAGCAUGCACGCAUCAGCCUCCUGGUCCUCAGCACAGGCUCUGGUUGCGGAUGAUCCCUUUGUAGGGCCUUCAGUAACGGCUAAGAGCUUCUUUGAACGAUCUCAGCGAAAGGCCCAUACAGAUGUCUCCAUGUCCGAUUAUCCUACUAAAAAGAACGAGAGCGAAAUGUCGGAUGUCGCCAUACAGCCACCGAAUUUCCAACAACAAGUGGGCCGCGCAAACGUCGAGGAGAUAAUUCGUGCACUCACACCAUCCAAACGUGCCGCUCUGCUGCAUGCGUUAUCACCUUCAGAUAGACCUGAGGUCUUAGGGGUCGGUGCUGUCCCAAAUAGCCGAGUCAUGUCUAUCAAGAGCCUGGACAAACAAACACUGCAAGCACGCUCUGUUCCUGGAACACGCAAAUCGUCACUUAGCAGUCGCUCAACCUCUGGCAACUCUACAGCCAUGUCGUGGGACGAAUCACCAACUCUAGGAGACUUGUGGUCUAGCAGUAGCAAGGAAUUUCCCGGAUUGCUCCCCAGUCUACAGAAGUCUGGCACAAGCGAAAGGUCAACAUCUUGCGGAUCGAAGCGCAGACGAACAUUGUCACCGCCAACGGUGCUUCAAUUAACCACUGACAGCCUACCUGCAAGUAUCAGGGGAAUGUCAACAUCGCCAUGCAAGAAGUCACCGACGCCGAAGAAGGCCAAUCAAAGGAGUGUUGCGGAGAAGCAGUCGGAUAGUAGCGAGGAAGACGAAGACGGCACUAUUGAGGUCACGCAUUGA